GGUCGUCUCAUGACCAUCAGCUGGACCCUCUCUCAAGCUGAAGGAGCUACUUUCUUUGCGGGCCUGGAUACUCCACACAAGUUUCUGUCUUGUGCAGCAUGAGUAAGGAGAGACUGGUGUCCUUUGUCCUGGUGAUGGUGCUGGGUCUGGUGUUGAUGGGAUCAGCUGACUGCCAGCACCUGUCUGAGGAACCCUGCUCUGUCCAGAUCCUUGUUCCCGGGCUCAAAGGAGAUGCAGGAGAAAAAGGAGAGAAAGGAGCUUUGGGGAGACCAGGAAGAGUUGGGCCACCAGGAGAGCCAGGACCUCCUGGACCUAAAGGACAAAAGGGCAAUAUGGGACGUCAAGGGAAAAUGGGCCCGUCUGGAAUGAAAGGUUUGAAAGGAGACAUGGGAGAUCCUGGACCAAAAGGCUCUGAUGGAGACCCUGGGGCUUCCUGUGAUUGCACACCCCUUCGCAAGAUGAUUGGUGAAAUGGACAUCCAAGUGUCACAUUUAACGAAUGAGCUGAAGUUCAUUAAAAAUGCACUGCCCUCCCCUGCAGCUGUCGCUGGCAUUAAAGAAACAGACAGUAAGAUCUACCUGCUGGUCAAGGAGGAGAAGCGCUUUGUGGAUGCUGAGCUGUACUGCCAAGGCAGGGGAGGACACUUGGCCAUGCCCAAAGACGAGACGGCAAACAAGGCUCUUGCCAGCUACAUCUCUGCAGCUGGCCUGAGCAGGGUGUAUAUUGGCAUCAAUGACCUGGACCGUGAGGGCCAUUUUGUCUAUGUGGACCGCUCUGCCAUGACUACCUUUAGCAAGUGGAGGGAAGGGGAACCCAACAAUGCAUACGAAGACGAGGACUGCAGUGAGAUGGUGGCCUCGGGAGAAUGGAUCGACGUGGCCUGUCAUCUCACCAUGUAUUUUGUGUUGACAAAUUACCCAGUGGUGGGAAUGAAGAAGGGAAAGUGUAUUGAACUGGGUAAGUCAAUGAAAAUAAUGAAGAUUUUCCUGGCUUUUUAGUUUUGUAAUUUUCAGUUUAUUUGAUUGUUUAAGGUAAAUACUGGAAAAGUAUUGGUUUAAUUUUAUGUUGAACUUAUAUCUUCAGAUCUGAGGUGGAAUAUAGUUGCAGGAAUAUGUUUUGAUGAUUUAUUUUAUUUUCCCUUGAUUUGUUCAGUCAUACACACUGUAUAGGGCAGCUCCCCAGAGAGUGUUUGAGUUAAACCAAGAGUGGGCCUCAAUCCAGAAAAGUUGAUCAGGACUUGUGUCUUUCUGAAACACAGUUUAACUUAAGCUUAGCUACUUCUGAAGUGUGGUAUCUUAAUGAAGUUAAACAAAAUUAGAUUAAAACCUUGCUAGUCUUGAUUAGUGAGAUCAAGAGCAUUUAGUCCUCAGGUUGCUUUUAAAUUCUGGAUUGGAUCCAGAAAAGCAUAAACUCAUAUGGAAUUGGAGAAGCAAAUUCAGACAAAAUGUUAGUGGCAGAGAAAAAGACAGCAAUCCAAAAACUUUACUGAACUCAGUCAACAGCAACUGUUACAAGGCACCCCUUCAUUAAAGAUAAAUAGCACAUAUCAUCUAGAGAAUCAAAGAAGAAAUACCCCUACACUGAUUUGCAAUGUAUUCAGUACCAAUGAGCACACAUCUAAAAGAAAAGUACAACAGCUUCUGGCAAGAACCUCCAUCUUCAGGAGAUUCUGUUAUGGAAUCACAAGGUUGACAUUACAUUUACUCAAUGCAGGGAUUGUGGAAAAAUAUGAAAUUAAAAUAUAGAUUAGCGCAACAACUCAAAGGGACAAGUUUAAGAUUGGUGUAGGACCUGCAAAUAAACCCUGAUCAGUUAGAUGACUUACUAACAGUAAUAAUGGAGUUCCAUGAAACAUUUGGAGAACACAUCAGAUGAUGAUCAUCUAGACCAUCCAGAGAUCAGUCACACCUACACUGGGUAUAUGAAUAUAUUUCAAAUUGCAAUUGCUUUUCUUUACCAUCAAACUUCCAUUUAUGUUUAUGUGUUAUGUAACUUUAAUUCCAUCUGUACUUAUUCUACUACAAAUUGAACUAAGUGUUCUUGUUUCAGGAGGAAAGUUAUAUAGACAGAUCAGAAGAGUUGCAAGUUAGUUUGCUUUACAAAACUGCAGAGGGGGUUUGUGACAAUUGCUGCCACUACUGGCCACCAGAAUGAAAAACACAUGAAAGGCUGGUCUUUGAAUUUCAUAAGUAUAAGUUGAAAAAUGUUUAGGAGGAGCAGUAAAUGAAAAUGAAGAUACUGACAAUAGAAUUAGACAUAAAGAUGAGAGGAGACAGAUGCAACAGAGUGUUUUAAAUGUCAGUUCCAGCCUUAGUGAAUCAUACUUCAGUCUGUAAAAUAAAUAAUAUCUCAUGACCUCAUGCUGUAUGUUUUAUGACUG